GGGCAAUGGAGCAGCCUGAGGACAUGGCGUCAGUGAGUGAGUUCGACUCCCUGGCCGGCAGCAUACCAGCUACCAAAGUGGAGAUCACCGUGUCCUGCAGGAAUCUCUUGGAUAAAGACAUGUUCUCCAAGUCAGACCCAUUAUGUGUGAUGUACACUCAAGGAAUGGAGAACAAGCAAUGGAGGGAGUUUGGAAGGACAGAGGUGAUUGACAACACACUGAAUCCGGAUUUUGUGCGCAAAUUUAUACUGGAUUAUUUCUUUGAGGAGAAACAGAACAUCAGAUUCGAUCUGUAUGAUGUGGAUUCUAAGAGUCCUGAUCUCUCCAAACAUGAUUUCCUGGGUCAGGCCUUCUGCACUCUGGGAGAGAUUGUGGGGUCCCCUGGGAGUCGCCUGGAGAAGCCCCUCACGAUAGGAACAUUCAGCUUGAAUGCCAGGACUGGCAAACAUAUUCCAUCAGUGUCAAAUGGCGGGGUCCCUGGGAAGAAGUGUGGUACCAUUAUCUUGUCAGUGGAGGAGCUGAGCAACUGCAGGGAUGUUGCCACAAUGCAAUUCUGUGCCAACAAGCUGGACAAGAAAGAUUUCUUUGGUAAAUCGGACCCCUUCCUGGUGUUCUACAGAAGCAACGAGGAUGGAACGUUCACCAUCUGCCACAAGACAGAAGUCAUGAAGAACACUCUGAAUCCCGUGUGGCAGACUUUCUCCAUCCCUGUGAGGGCCCUCUGCAACGGGGACUACGACCGGACCAUCAAGGUGGAGGUGUAUGACUGGGAUCGGGAUGGCAGUCAUGACUUCAUUGGAGAGUUCACUACUAGCUACCGGGAACUGGCUCGUGGGCAGAGUCAAUUCAACAUCUAUGAGGUGGUAAACCCGAAAAAGAAAAUGAAGAAAAAGAAAUACCUGAACUCUGGCACAGUAACACUACUUUCCUUCGCUGUGGAGUCGGAAUGCACAUUCUUGGAUUAUAUCAAAGGAGGGACUCAGAUCAAUUUCACGGUUGCCAUUGACUUCACUGCCUCCAAUGGCAACCCUUCCCAGUCCACUUCUCUACACUACAUGAGCCCAUACCAGCUGAACGCCUAUGCCCUGGCGCUCACGGCCGUGGGUGAGAUCAUCCAGGACUACGACAGUGACAAGAUGUUCCCAGCCCUGGGCUUUGGGGCCAAGCUCCCUCCCGAUGGCAGAGUUUCCCAUGAAUUCCCACUGAAUGGCAAUCCAGAUAACCCCUCUUGCUGUGGCAUUGAUGGUAUCCUUGAGGCCUAUCACCGAAGCCUUCGCACUGUGCAGCUCUAUGGCCCCACCAACUUUGCCCCAGUGGUCACUCAUGUGGCCAGGCAUGCAGCAACUGUACAGGAUGGCUCGCAGUAUUCCGUGCUGCUGAUCAUCACAGAUGGGGUCAUCUCAGACAUGGCGCAGACCAAGGAAGCCAUCGUCAAUGCUGCCAAACUCCCCAUGUCCAUUAUCAUCGUGGGCGUUGGCCAGGCUGAGUUUGAUGCCAUGGUUGAGCUGGAUGGCGACGACAUUCGGAUCUCCUCCCGCGGGAAGUUAGCAGAGCGGGACAUUGUCCAGUUUGUGCCGUUCCGGGACUACGUGGACCGAACCGGGAAUCAUGUGCUGAGCAUGGCCCGCCUGGCCAGGGACGUGCUGGCUGAGAUCCCCGACCAGCUGGUAUCCUACAUGAAAGCGCAGGGCAUCCGCCCCCGCCCCCCGCCGGGCCCUCCGGCCCACCCCCCCUCCGGGUCCCCCCCGCACACUCCCCCCUCCCCCAUGCACACCCACAUCUAAGGCCGGGCCCUGGCAGGUGGGAAGGAGGUGGACUCCCUGGGGCGCGCACACGCGCACACACACACACACACACACUCACUC